UAUCCUAUAACUGUAUAUUGAUUCUGUAUUUCCAGAGAAAAGGGAAGCCGUCACGGUUCUGCAGUACUUGAAACAUUAGCUCAGGAAUCUUAUGAUAUGAUAACUCUUCUCCCGACCUAUAUAGAGAACACAAGAGCUGCCAUUCUCAACCUCGGUAACGAGACCAAGGUCCAAUUUAAGGAGGUAGAAUCCCUUCUAAUGGAUGACAGCCAGGACGGAGCUGCUAGGCAGAGUUUAAAGAAAGUUAUGGAGUCUACAGAGAAGAAUAUUCUCCGGGCAUCAACCGAGCUGAAGGAUAUUGUGGUAGAAUCUGGAAACAUGGCGGAGAGUCUAUUCGAAAGAGUGGAUUCAGGAUACAAGGAACUAGAGACGGAGAUUAAAGGAUUGGCUAACGUUGAACAGGUUCUUCUUGAUACAGCAGACUCAGUUAUGGAUACUAAGCGAAAGAUUGAGUUCGGAGUUCAGCAAAUCAUUUUCAAGGUUUCUGAGUUGAUAGAGUUAUCAGGAGGAGAAAUGGAUGAAAACCUGGCAAAUAAGUUUGAGAGUAUUACUAGAACUAUUCUCUCCAAUCAGACUCAAGCACUCACCAACCUUACUUCCAAGGUGGAGAAGGAGAUUGGUCAGGUGUGGAGACAGAUGGGUAUUAUGUACGGUCAACUCUCAAGUUCAAUUGGAAUACUAGAGAAGGUAAAGGAACAGACGGAAAGCUAUGUUAGUAAGACGGAUAAGAACCUAGGUUCUAUGGAUAAUCAAGUAGAAGGACUCACAGACAGGAUGACCGAGGUUGAUCAGAAUCUGAACUAUAUGCUCGGUCAACUCAGUCUAGUGGUUCAAGAGUUCAACCAGGUAAAAACAGGGUUAGGUGAGGCAAUGGAAGGUAUAGGAGAUGAACUCUUGGAAUUGAAGCAGAAAGAAGAAUCCUGAAAAAAUCAGCCCCAGUCUUAUCUUUAUUUUUGCAUUUGAAUUAUCUUGAAGAAAAAAAACAUAACAGAAAUAAACUAAUACUUAAUUUCAA